AAAUACAUCCACAUAAUCUACAUACGUACAUAGGCCGGUGUGAGCAUGCGCGCGCGCAAACGCGCAGAGACAGGAGCCACGUCGGGGGGAAGAGCAGUACUGCCACACAGGCGUAAGACCGUAGGUACACACUUAAUGAACAUGUCGGCAUGUCGCUCGGGUUUGCCCGCCGCGCCACGCCUUGGCCUUCCCCUCGCCCUUUCACCAGGACACACCCUCGCCUCGUCGCCCGCGUCGACCUCAGGUCGACCUCGUGUGGUCCUUGGACCUCACUUGGCAGCAAAACUGCGCACCGUCCAGCACAUGCCGCCGUUGGUGACGGGGUCGGGCUUGAGAGGGUGGGCGUCGCACGUGGGGUUGAAAUCGACGUCGUGCUCUUCGUUUGCGUCGCGGCAGGUCGCAACCUACGGUGGAACUCUCUCGGCUGCAGACCAUGGGCAGAGCCCAGGCGCCUCCCUCGGCGGGAGGUGGAGACCUCGUCCCCGCUGACGGGCUUGCGGUAGUCACAGCGGUUGACGACGCCGUACAUUGGCGCGCCCCACCCGCAGCAGCAGUUCAGCGUGCCUGUAUAGCCUCUAAACCAGUGAUCGCGCACCCACCAGCCGUACGUGCUGUCAUCGUCCGAGCCGUGGCAGUGGCCGUCCGUGUCGAGCUCGUCCGCAUCAGGAGUGGCGC